CCCAUCUUCUUCCACCGGGCUUCUCCAAAGCAGCAGCUCCCUUUCUCUAAAUUAAUCCGUAUAUAUUACUAUGAAUUUUCUCUUUAUUGUUAGGCUUAGCUAGUCUUAUUGAAUUCAUCAAAGAGGACCUUCAGCUAGCCAGCUCAUGAAGGUUCCCGUUGGGUUUCUGGCUACCCUUUGGAGCUUCUUCUCCUUCUUGCCCUUCUUCUUCUUCCUCCUCAUCCUUGGCCUUGCCAAAGCUGCGAUAAUUGGUCCAAUCGCCCUGGGAAUUAUUGUGAUCGGUAAUUCAGCUGUGAUCAUUGGUCUUUGGAUUGCUCAUUUCCUGUACACUUACUAUUGUGUGGCAAGAACCAAGAGGCUCGGUUUUGUCCUGAAGAUUGCGGUGCUUUUGCUGUUGCCUGUGCCCUUGGUCCUCUGGCCAGUCAUUGGAAUUGGCGGAAGCCUUUUGGGUGGCAUUGGAUACGGGUUUUUUGCUCCUCUUCUUGCAACUUUUGAGGCUGUCGGGGAGAAUGUCAAGGACAAAUUCUACCACUGUUUUGCUGAUGGUUGCUUGCCCACUAUCAAAGGUACCUGCACAGUAGUGUGCGAUUUUACAGAUUUUUGCUUCCAUUCUUACUUCUCUUACAUGGAUGAACUAUGUGAGAAGGUCCCUCCAGAAGAGAAGCCGAUGGAUGUGAAGCUAGCAAAACUGCCAAGUUGCUUGUUGGUGAUUCUGAUCGCCGUGCCAGUUGAUGUGCUUCUGAUAACAGCUGUUGCUCUGUGGAAAAGCCCAUACAUGCUGUUUCGAGGAUGGAAAAGGCUAUUGGAAGAUUUGAUUGGUAGAGAAGGGCCAUUCUUGGAGACGGUAUGUGUUCCAUUUGCUGGUCUGGCCAUCAUCUUGUGGCCUUUAGCUGUUUUAGGAGCUGUAAUAGGAGCUAUCAUAUCCAGCUUCUUCCUGGCACUUUACAGUGGAGUGAUUGUCCAUCAGGAAGACUCCCUCCUGAAGGGGCUUGGCUACAUCUUGGCUUUGGUUUCAUUAUUUGACGAGUAUGUGAAUGAUUUUCUCUACUUGAGGGAAGGAUCAUGCUUGCCAAGGCCUAGGUACCGUAAGAAUGCAAAUCCUAAGCCGGGAGAGGACAACAGCUUGAAGACUAGAAGAGAAAACUCGCUCAAUGCGCAACUCAUCUCGCAAAAGUCAAGAACACUGAAGUGGGAAAUCCAGCAAUACAAAGCAGUGCAGGUUUGGGAUUGGUUAUUCAAAGCUUGUGAGGUAAAUGGUAGGAUACUGCUUCGUGAUGGCCUGAUAAAUAUCCAGGAAAUUGAAGAAUGCCUUGUUAAGGGUAAUUGUAAGAAGCUGAGCAUCAAAUUACCUACUUGGUCCGUACUACAUUGUCUGCUUGUAUCUGCGAAGUCUGACUCAUCUGGGCUGGUGAUCUCUGAUGAUGUAGAGUUGGAAAGAAACAAUGGACCAAGGGAGAAGGUGUUUGAGUGGUUAAUCGAACCGUUAUUGAUUAUGAAAGAGCAAAUAAAGAAUCUGAAAGUAGAAGAAAAUGAAGAAACCUGUCUGAAAAGGCUGGUUAUUGAGUGCGAAAACAAGAGGCCCGAGGAGUGGGAUGGAACUGGAUUUCCAUCCAAUGACAAUGUCAGAAGGGCACAGCUGCAAGCCAUUAUCAGAAGAUUGCAAGGGAUUGUAGCUUCCAUGUCCCGGUUUCCGACCUUCCGGCGUCGCUUUAGGAACAUGCUGAAGGUUUUGUAUGUAGAGGCAAUUCAGGCUGGUGCUUCAGCCAGUCAUAUUGGAGUAGCAUUAAAAUCCAAAUACACUGGCAAGAGCUUGAUUGAAUCUGGGAGUGGAGAAGGUAGAAAUGAAACUGAUGAGGUAGUUAAUGAGGCAUAUGAUAACGGGGAUGUAGUAUGAGUUGGCUUUUGUAAGAUGUGUGUUUUCUUUUUCUCUCGGGAUGUUGGACUUGUGCCGAUAGCAUCUUUAAUCCUUCGUUAAAUGUCUGUUGAAAGAGA